GACCUGCAAAGCCCACACAGCCCGCAAAGCCCGCACAGCCCGCAAAGCCUGCAGAGCCCACAAAGCUCGCACAGUCUGCAGGACCUGCAAAGCCCGCAGGACCGCAAAGCCCCCAGAGCCCGCAGGACCUGCAAAGCCUGCAGGGCUAGCAAAGCCCACAGAGCCCGCAGGACCAGAAGAGCCCGCACAGCCCGCACAGCCCGCAAAGCCUGCAGAGCCCACAAAGCUCGCACAGUCUGCAGGACCUGCAAAGCCCGCAGGACCGCAAAGCCCCCAGAGCCCGCAGGACCUGCAAAGCCUGCAGGGCUAGCAAAGCCCACAGAGCCCGCAGGACCAGAAGAGCCCGCACAGCCCAGAGCCCACAGGACCUGCAACGCACACAGGACCUGCAAAGCCCACACAGACCGCACAGCCGACAGAGCUCGCAGGACCCGCAAAGCCUGCAGAGCUCGCAAAGCCUGCAGAGCCUGCAGGACCCGCAAAGCCCACAGAGCCCGCAGGACCCUCAGAGCCUGCAGAGCUCACAAAGCCUGCACAGCCCGUAGGACCCGCAAAGCCCACACAGCCCAGAGCCCGCAGGACCUGCAGGGCCCACAGAGCCCACAGAGCCCACAGAGCCUGCAGGACCCACAAAACCCGCAGAGCCCACAGAGCCUGCACUGCCCGCGGAGCCUGCAGUGCACACAGAGCCCACAGUGCCUGCAGGACCAACAAAGCCUGCAGAGCCUGAACAGCCUGCAGCACAUGCAGAGCCCGCACGAUCCACAAAGCCCACACAGCCUGCAGAGCCUGAAAAGCCCACAGAACCCACAAAGCCCGCACAGCCCGCAGAGCCUGAGAAGCCCGCAAAACCAGCACAGCCCACAGAGCCUGAACAGCCCGCAGAGCCCGAACAGCCCGCAGAGCCCGCACAGCCCACGCAGCCCGAACAGCCUGCACAGCCCAUGCAGCCCGAACAGCCCGCAGAACCCGCACAGCCUGCACAGCCCGAACAGCCCACAGAGCCUGAAAAGCCCACAGAACCCACAAAGGCCACACAGCCUGCAGAGCCUGAAAAGCCCACAGAACCCACAAAGCCCACACAGCCCGCAGAGCCCAAACAGCCCGCAGAACCCACACAGCCCGAACAGCCUGAACGGCCCGCAGAGCCCACAAAGCCCUCACAGCCCGCAGAGCCUGAAAAGCCCGAAAACCCCACAGAACCCACAAAGCCCUCACAGCCCGCAGAGCCUGAAAAGCCCACAAAACCCGCACAGACCACAGAGCCCGAACAGCCCGCAGAACCCGCACAGCCCACACAGCCCGAACGGCCCACACAGCCCACGGAGCCUGCAGCACCUGCAGAGCCAGCAGAGUCUGCAAAGCCUGCAGGCCAGUGGAGCCCACAAAACCUGCCGAGCCUGCAGAGCCCACAGAGCCUGCAAAGCCCGCAAAGCCUACAGUGCCAGUAGAGUCUGCAAAGCCUGUAGAGCCCGAUAAGCCCACAGAACCAGAAGAGUCUGCAAAAACCACAGAGCCUGCAAAGCCCACAGCCUUUUUUUUGUUUUGUUUAGCAUUUUACUGCCUGCACUUCCGUGCGUUGUCACUCUGGGCAGGCUGGCUCUACUGUCGAGUUGCACCUAUGAUAUGUUUCUGUCAUUUAUGCUUUCAAAGGACUAUUCUGCCAUACCUUGCUAAAACUUAAACAGGUUCUAUGAGUGUAGUUUCAUACUUCUAAAGGGGGUGAAGAAAAAGAGAAGAAAAAGUUACACUACCAAAAUAUUUAGAGUUCCUAAAAUAUCUUUCAGCAAUAUUCAUUGUCAUGUUUUCAGUGCCUGAAGUCCAAAAGCAGACAUUCGCUAUGAAUAACUGAUAUUUGGGUGAGUAGACUCAGUGAAAGACUCCCCAGAUAAUUGUGGGGCACUGGCAAAUAAAAUCUCUCACGUCAGACAUAUUCUUCAGCCUGAUUGCUUCUUGUAAAACACCUGUAAGGCUGAUGUGCAUGGGAAACCUUUGGUUGCAGCAUUGACUGCUGACGUGCCUCAUUGAUGAGUGUAGUUUCAUACUUCUAAAGGGGGGGAAAAAAAAAGAGAAGAAAAAGUUACACUACCAAAAUAUUUAGAGUUCCUAAAAUAUCUUUCAGCAAUAUUCAUUGUCAUGUUUUCAGUGCCUGAAGUCCAAAAGCAGACGUUUGCUAUGAAUAACUGGUAUUUGGGUGAGUAGACUCAGUGAAAGACUCCCCAGAUAAUUGUGGGGCACUGGCAAAUAAAAUCUCUCACGUCAGACAUAUUCUUCAGCCUGAUUGCUUCUCAUAAAACACCUGUAAGGCUGAUGUGCAUGGGAAACCUUUGGUUGCAGCAUCGACUGCUGACAUGCCUCAUUGAUGUUAUUUUUGAAAAAUACUACCAAAGGUGAAGUGACUUAAAAUUUUAUUUCCAUUUUGAACUGUGCCAGGCUUUUAAGUUAACUUGUAUAACAGCUAACUGCUGAAAGUUAUCUUUUUAAAAAAAACCCUGGAAUUGCAUAAAAGCUAAAGUUCUGUCAGGAUUUGUUGAUGAAAUAAUAAAUUCGACCUCAACCGUUGUGUUUCACAUUCCAAUUGUGUGUGUUGUUUUUUUUUUUAAUAUCGUAAGUGAGAAAGUGAAUGUAAUCUAUUAUUGAAUAGGUUAACAAUUUUAGUAGGGGGAGAUGUUGAAGAAAUUUGAGUUUUUUAAUAUACAGUCAUGGGACUUGUCAUUCAGUGCUUAUGGUAAAAGUUUACACAUGUGCUUAUACCAUUGCAAGAUUGAAGUUCCACAGAGUAACACAGAUAUUGAUAUUGGUGCAUUGGACUAUCAUUUUGGAAGCUUAGUUUGCAGUUACGUAGAUAAAACAGUUAAGCUGGGAUCAUGACUCUCAGUCCUUAAGAAUGGCAUAGCUGAAACAUUUACGUUUUUCAGGCUCUCUAAGUAGUUCUGACGUGUGCCUUUAGAAGUACAAAGUUAGUGAAACCACUUUACACCUGUUGAGGGACAGCUGAAGAGUUUAGUGGCUGGAAUUAGCCCAGCAGUAUUACACAACACUGACAAACAUAAAUCCUACAUUUAGCUACUCACUCUCCAACCCAGAACUAUUAUUCUUUUUUUUAAAUUUUUUUUUUAUUUUUGGGGCAUCAUAAGCGGAAAACUGAGUUUCACAUAAUUAGGAGAACCUAAAAUCUGUUGGAGAAAUUUGCCUUUAAAGUUUUGGGAAUGGCUUUUAAAUGGGUUAUGAUUUUGAUUUUUUAAUUGGGCAUUUCAGCUUGUCCUUCAGCCAUGGUAGCAAGUCAAGUAUGACUUUCUUUACAUUGGGUGUUUUUGUCAAACAUUACUUACAAAAUGUAAGUUGUAAAAGGCCAUAUGAUACUAUGAAAACAGGAGGCUUUGCUGCCAAGCAGUGCCAGAAGAAGAAGAGUGAAUUAGUGAUGCAAGAAAAGUUCAAUGUGUGAAUAAAUGUAAAAAUAAUUUUUAGCUUCAGCUGCAUCAUAAUUCUGGUAUAAGCCAUCCAAAUUGUGGAAAUUCCUUACAAUAUUGCAUCUUCUUUGUCAGUGAAGGUAGAAUAAGUGAAUGCGAUACCUAAAAAAAGGGAGUUUUGAGGUGAAAGUAUUUAAUUUCUUGGUUAAUUUCUGUUUUGUGUAUAGGUGAAUUAGAUAUGGAGGUAAAAACUGAUCUUGAAGAAGAGAAAUAGUUCCUGUCUCAAAGGAGCAGAAAACAAACAGCUGUGGAAUACCAGCUUUUUGCCUCUUCCAACUAUAGUAAUUUAACUGGGAACAUCUAGAACUCUUUGAUACUUAGAAAAAUGUGUAUCUGGACUGGAUUAAAACUUGCCUCUUUGGGGAAAGGGCAAGUGAGAUAUUUUGAAUGAAUGUUUUGCCUGGGAAAAACCCUGUGCUUGCUUGGCCCUUUUCAUGAGUUGCUGAGCUAAACAGGAAAAGCAUUGGAAGAGGUUGCUAGUAGCCAGUGAUGUGAAGUAGCAUUUUGUCUUAUGAUAUAAGUUAACUCUCUUACCUAUCACAGGUAGUCAUUUUAAGAUGGAAGAGAGAGUCUCUGAAGAUGAAAGUAAAUAAAUUGUUUCUUCCUGAAAAUCAGAGGAGGAUUCUGCUUCUGCUUCUCCUCCGUCUCCCUUUCUUUUUAAUUUUUUUUUUUUUAUUUUGAUGAUUCCAACAAGCAGGUAUGAUUAGAGGCUAACAGUUGAAUAAAAUCAGAACUAGGGUCUUUUUAAAAACUGAUACAUUCUCCACCCUUAAAAAGAUUGCAAAAAUAUUGAUUUAUUUUACAAACACCUCAACAUCAUCUAAUGAAAAACUUUAGGUAAACAGUAGGAAUUGCUAUUUUAAUAUAAGGGUGCCAAGGAUUACUAGUGUUUUCCUUAACCGCUAUUUGACAUUGAUGGUCUCUUCCUUAAAGAAAACUUUCUCAGAAAGAAUCAGUAACAGUAUUCACAGUUUUAUUUUUGGUUUGUUUGUUUUUUAAAGUAGAAAAGAAAAUGAGAGAGACAUAUCUGGGAAGAAUCCAUUGUUCUCGUAACUUGCAGUAUCAAAUACCAACCUGUCUUGAGACUGCAUGGGUCAGGUCUUUAUAGCCCCAUGAGUCUUCUUAGGGAAACAUCGUCUAAACAUGAACAGCUGAUUAAAUUUGUCUGUCUCUAGAUAUGAUAGAAAUGUCAGAAUUAGCUACAGGGACAGCUGUCACCUCUUGAUUACUGUGAGACGAUGAGUGGACAUGUUCCACGAACCUUUGAACAGGUGCAACCUAGACAGGUUUAUUAAAACAUGAUAGCAGUAAGUAUACAAGUAUGUGAGGCAUUGGGAUCUGACAGGGUGACCCUAGAGAAAAAAAUACAUUAAUUAUCUGGAGGCGUCAGUUUGAUUCUCUGACUUGAGAGGUGGUGUGUCAGAGCUACUGUCAAUUCACUGAUACCUUUCAGAGAGGUAUGAAGUAUCAAGGGCAGAGUCAUUUAAGAUAUAAAUACAAAAGAGCAAUAUUUUAUCACCGUUAUGGCAAUCUUGCCCAAUUUUAUGUGUAGGAAACUGUAUGAGUUUGACUACUACCUUGUUCUACUCUACUAAUUCAUUUUUACCAUGUAUCCGGUAUACUCGCUUAUUGGUACUUAAGAUAAGAUAUAAGGUUAGACACUUAACAUUUUUUUCUGACCUUGGAAUUUGGGGGAAAAAAGAGGUUGCUUACUUUCAGAUUAUGAUAUUAUCUUUUGUGUUGUGGUGAGAACAUGAGUUGGAGCCCUUUCAGCAUUCAGGAGAAGGGGUUGUUUUUGGGAAAUUUAAUUGCUGUGAGAAGCCCUUUAGCAAACAGCAGUAAGAUCCAGUACACCACCACACUCUGAAUGCCUCAAAGGUUUUGCCAUUUUCUUUACAUGCCAUGGUAGAACCAUGACUGAUUUGACAGCUUGUUAUUUGCCCAGAUGCUGCCACUGUAAACCAUAUUUUACUCAAUUCUUACUUUUGCCUACCACAGGACAACAGCUGAUACAAUUUUUGCUAACAGAUACCAGAAGCUACAUCUGUGUUGAAGUGAGACUUUUAAAGAACAGCCUUUAUGCAACAGGGUCAUUAGAACUUCACAUUUAAUAAAGGGACUUACCUCGUUAGCAUUUCCGUGGACAUGUGAGGAAAGACAGCACUGUAUCUCAGUGUAUCAUUUCUGAAAUGUUACACUUUAAUACCCUGUCAAAGGUGACAGUAGUUCUUGUUUCAGGAAGGCUGGUUGUUAGUAAGCAGUGAAUAGGAAGCAUGUAGGAAAGACAAUUAACAGAGCUGUGUGGUGUUUGUAUUUAUAGAGAAGAACCUCGUAACAAGUCAUGAUGAGAAAGAGAUGGACAAGGGUAGUUGGAUUGUGAGUCAGAGAAGAAAUGAGUGAACAUUUUUAGAAUUAAAGUCCUGUAUUAGGACCAAAAGACCUACUGAAAUCCCUUAAAUGUGUAAUCAUAAAUUAAUUUUUACUCAAACAGCAGUGUAAAGAACUAGUCCUGUUAACAUGGUGCGGGAUCCUUACCUGGUUUCUAAUUUUUCCAAUUCAUUUGAGAUUAAAGAAAAGGGAAACUUUUGUGAGCCAGCCAGCAAAUUGAUCAGAUGAUGAAAAAGCCUGCUGGUAUCUGACUAGUUUUUUAGAUAUUUUACUUCGUGUGUUCUUUCUUUGUGCCUUUUUCUCUCAUUCUGUAACUCUUAGAGUUUCUUUUUUUCAACCUCAGUCCACCGUAUGUGAAAAAAGCAAAAUAAUGAAAUGUUUAUAAAUUAUUAUGCCAUUUAUCCCUCAUAUUGCGUCCAUUCCCUUCCAUACUGUAACUGCCUUGUCUGCUGAGUCUGAAUUUUAAAGUGUGGGCUACUGAUUAUUUCUUAUUCUCUGGAUAGUGGCUCAUAUAGUUGGACCAUCUCUGCUGCUGAGUGUUCUUGUAAUACAUGCUUUUCUUAUAAAUAAUAAAAUGAGAUAAGGUAGACAGUGGAAGAAUCUGACUUUGAAACAAUUACACUUUUCACCUCAUAUACUCUACUUACAUUUAGUUUGAGUUGGCUUGCUCAAGGAGGUGCAAGAUAUCUAGAGCAGUGAACAGGAGCUCUCUGUAAAAGUGACUGUGGUUUGGAAGGUAGAAGUAUUCUUGCAGUGAAAGUAAAAUGAAAUUGAGGGAAUUUGCAAGGGUAAAACAGCAGAAAGGGACACAAUUCUUGGAAAAUAUUAGAAAGCAAAAAAAAAAGUUUCUUAAUUAAGUAUCUCUCAUUUGACAGUUCCAAACCAUUCCUAACUUCCUUAAAUGUGCAAGUCGUAGAUGUAAAGAUGUUGCAAGUCCAAUCUCUGCAAAGUAUAGCAAUGGUGAGAAUUGUUUGGGACACUGCCAAUUAGAGAAAUUUCAGUCAGAAAUAUGAUUGCUAAAUAGAUGGUAUUAGUUUAUUAUUAUUAUGUUGAAUGGGUUAUGUGCUCAAACUGAAUAGUCAAUAUGUGACAAGGAUAUUUUACCUGUAAGUAGACCAAAAGGCUGAUUGUAAUUUGUGUAAUUAUAAAUUCUCUCUGGGAUUUACUCUUGUUCAAAGAAAACUACCUAAGCCUGUGCCUUGUGUAUCUGCACAACCUGCAACCACCUUGUAAUUACAAUGGCUGCAAAGUUGGUGCUGGGAAACUUAUCCUUUCUAUAUGCAAAUGGACUUAAUAUUUGUGUGCCGUCUGGCAAGAGCUUAAGGUACUGCUACUGACACCCCAAAGGUUUUGUAUAAAAUCAUAGACAACAUUGCUCUUUGUUGUCAUAUGGAAACUUGGCUUUGGCCUAAAUGUGCUGAGACAAUUUGGCUGCGUCUAUUACAUAUUUUGU